AUGGCUGAUUUUGUAAUUUUACUCCGAAGUGGGUUCAGUCGGUGGGAAGCUGCUAAAGCUCAAUUAGCUACAGCAUCUGGAUCUACUUUAGGUGCCAUUCUAACACUUUGUGCUAAUGCCUCAGUAACCGGUUGUACAACGAAAUGGAUACUUCCAUUUACUGCCGGUGGCUUUCUAUACAUUGCAUUGGUCUCUCUUCUACCUGAUAUUUUGAAAGAAUUAUCAUUUAAGGAAUCAAUUAUUCAUUUAACUCUUAUGUUUUUUGGUUUAACUUCAAUGGCAAUUGUCUCAUAUGCAAUGGAUUGAAUUCAUAAAUAUUGUGAUAAGAAUCAAAAUAACAACAACGACCAUAUUACAUAAUGAUAUAUACAUAGAUUUGUAAAGAAAAAGAUGAUCAUCGAUAGUUGAAAAAAGAACACCUAAAAGAUUACCAAAUUUUUAUAUCCAGUUGUCAAAUACCCCCUUCUCAUUUUCACCUUAUUUGCCUUCUCUUAUCUAUCUCAUUAAUGUAUAUGUGUAAACAUAAUAUUUCUUAUUCUAAUGAUGAGGAGAAAUCUAGAAAUGAUCUCCGUGGAAGAAAGUAUUCGCCAUCAUUCAUUUUCUUUUUCUCGAUUAUUCCACAUUUUUCUCUAUUGUGAAUUUCCUUCUUUCUUUUCCUAUGUAUGUAAUCCGAUUUAUUCCUUGUUUAAUCUGGUGAUAAUGAUAUACUAUACAUGUGAUGCAUAGUUCAUAGAAAAGAAACAAAAUCUUUUAGUCAAUUAAAU